AUGUAUUGUAAGAAGGCAAGUGUGGUCGUUAUUAUCAUCGCUUCUAUUAUGAUUAUUAUUCAAACAUUUUGCCUUGAUGAUCAUCAUCAACCAAGAUCUACACACGAAAGAGGAGAUUUGUCUUAUUAUUAUAAAAAUACGACGGUUACAAAGAAAGCAAAAAGAUUGGAUUCAAAAUCGUAUAGUCAACGAAUACAUGUUUUACACCAAGCUUGCAAGUCAAGACUAUAUCACCAAAGAGCGAAACUGAAACAGACAAAAAAGAAAUAUCUAUUAUACAAUAAACAAAACAACUUUCUUUUUUGUUAUGUGCAGAAAGUUGGAUGCACAUUCUGGAAAAGAAUUUUUCUGUCUCUAGAAAACAAGAUCGUCACAAAUCUGACAGACAUGUCGCUUGUACAUAAAAUGGAUUUGCCAAAAAUAUCACAGGAGUACAGUGAUGAAGAUGUGAAAAAUUUCUCUAAAUCAGCGUUUUCAGUCUUAUUUGUUAGAGACCCUUAUUCUAGACUCUUUUCUGGAUAUAUUGACAAAUUCUUAUAUCCAAAUCCACAUUACUGGAAUGUGUAUGGAGCAAAAAUUAUUAGAAAGUACAGAAAGAACGCUACAGUAGAAAGUAUGGAAUGUGGAUAUGACGUCACAUUUGCCGAGUUUGUAGAAUAUGUUGUAGAUACGUAUGAAUACAAACCACGCCUUCUCGAGGAUCAUUUUAGUCCUAUACAUCAACAUUGUAGACCAUGCGAAAUUGAUUAUAAAAUAAUAGGAAAAAUGGAAACUUUUGGUGAUGAUGUGAAUCAUGUAUUUAAUGAACUUGGGAAUAUUGAUAUGAAGCAAUUUAGUAUUGAACAAAACUUUAGUGAAGAAUUGCGACAAAUUGCCAACGAUCUGCAUUAUUAUAAAAAUCUCAACAAAACAUGUCUUGAAUCAGUGAAUGUUAUUGAAAAGGUCCGACAGACUUUAUAUUUUCGAGGAUUUCUUUGUGAAGACAAUAUAUCCAAUUUUAAUAUUUCCUCUCUGACAGCAUCAAAUGUAAAACAAUAUACCCAAAUGUUGUCUAGUAAAAUAUCAAAAGUAGAGAGGCGACAGCGAUUAGUAUCACAGUACAAAUCUCUCGGAAAAUCGUUGCUUGACAAAGUAGGAAGGUUUGUAAAAGCAGAUUGUGUUCUUUUCGGAUAUGAUACACGGCCAGACGAUAUUUUCAAUCAUUUCUAAAUAUAACAAUAACUAGAUAAUAAAUUUAAACUUUU